AUGCCACAGCCCUACGUCUUCCGUGGGAACGAUGGCCAUGGACGCCGUGACCGUGACAGGCGCGAUGGCCGGCAUCGCGGCGGACGUCCUCACCACGAAUUUACAUUCAGGGCGCAGCCCUCGUCGCGGCCGCUGUUAAUGGCAAAGAGGGAGACCACACCUGAUUUUAUGGGUGGCCCGGACAAUGAUGCGCCCACAAAGAAAUUCAUGGCGCCGGAGGACGUUACUGACAGCGACGAAGCUGAGAUGGAUGUAUCGUCCGCUGAUGAGCAUAAUAAUAACGAUGAAAGCGAGCAGCCACCACGGAAGAAACGAGCCAUUGAACCCGAGCCUGAAGCCGCACCACCUGCGCCGAAGUGGUCCAACCCCGAUCCUUACACUGUUCUGCCGCCAGAGGAGGAACGACAAGGGAAACGGAGAGACUUUGUUAAGCUGAUUCGCAAGGCCAGAAUUGCGCCUACAGCAACAGUAACCUCGACUACAGAGGCUGGCAAUCCUGUCGUUACGAAUGAUGACUUCAUAUCCUUGGGCUUGGAUGAGCCGGAGAUGAACCUGCCACCCGAAGAUGGCCCCAACGGGCCCAGACCGGACGAGCUUGAGCGGAGUGAUUCGGCACUGGGAAGUCGUAAAAGAAAUCGAGAUGAUGAAAUAACAGGUCCUGUAAAACGGGGAAAGAAGGGACCGAAAUUCUUCAAUGAGGACGGGUCGCCGCUUGGUAUCUGGAGACCCCUUGACGGGCAGGACCCAACUCCUUGGUUUAAUAGAGAUUCACCAGCGCUCCAUAUAGGGGCUAUGCUGCACAAGGAAAUUUUAGAUUUCUAUCACUGGGUAAAACCUACAGAGUAUGAAGAUAUUGUUAGACGUGACCUUAUAUCUAGGCUUCAAUCCUGCUUUGGGCAAAGGUUCUAUGGUUCGAAACUAUAUGCCUUUGGUUCGUUUGCAUCAGGUCUGUACCUUCCUACGGCAGAUAUGGACCUUGUGCUGCUCUCCCGCCAGUUCAUCACCUCAAACAGGAAAACUAUUUGCCAGAAAGUCCGGGAUAUAUACAGCUUUGCUGGGUAUCUCCGUGGGCUUGGAAUCGCAGCUCCUGGGUCAAUUGAAACUAUUGCGCAUGCGCGUGUCCCCAUCAUCAAGUUCGUGGAUGGCCUCACCGGCCUAAAAGUUGAUCUAUCGUUCGACAACAAUAGUGGUUUGGCAGCCAUCGAUACAUUCAAAGCCUGGAAGGAAGAAUAUCCAGCUAUGCCUGUCAUAGCCUCUAUUAUCAAGCAUUUCCUUUUGAUUCGAGGGCUCAACGACGUUGCUACUGGUGGGUUGGGCGGGUUUUCAAUCAUAUGUUUGGUUACAAGCAUACUUCAACAUUUACCUCGUGGUGUUGGAGAGCCCAACCUUGGCUCUGUCCUGAUGGACUUUUUUGAUUUGUAUGGCUCCAGGUUCGAUGCGGGCGCAGUGGGCAUACAGUUUGACCCACCUGGUUAUUUCUAUAAGACCGUACGUGGCAUCUAUAACGCAAGCAAAGGGACUAGGCUUUCAAUAAUUGAUCCCAACAACCCGGACAAUGACAUCUCAGGCGGAACCAAAGAGAUUCCUCGUAUCUUCGGAGCGUUCGCUGAUGCAUAUCAAUCGAUAAAGGAUGGCCUCUAUGCGGCCUCAUGUCGCUCGCAACUCUCCCCAAGCAGCCUGCUUGGGUCAAUAAUAGCCGGAAACUAUGAAGCAUACAGGGAACAGAGAAAGCACUUGCGUGAUUUUUUCCUAAAUGACCGUAGGUUUGCCGACUAUCAUGGCAGUGUCGCGCUGGACAGUCCGCCGCCGCCGCCUCCUCUAGAGUCCUCUCUUACUCCUCCGCCUCCCCCACCAAAUGUUUGA